AAAAAUAAAAAUAUAUAGACUUAAAAAAAAUAAAAAAUUGAAGAAUUUAGUAAUAAAAUUGAAAGAUUUAAGAGUUUAAUAAAUGUUUUUCUUAAUAUAUAAAUUCUGAAAAAGUAAAAACCAGAAUUGGCUCUUAAAGGUUAUUUACUUUUUUGCUUGGGGAGAAAGCAUAUAGAGACUCUGACAAAGUCAAGUGCCUCAGUACACACGCAUACACUCUCUCUCUCUGCCUCUGCGUUUUAAUUUCUUUGUUUUGAGCAGACCAUCUUAAUUCAUACACUGAAAAACGAUCAAGAAACUCAAAAAGGAACAAUCUCUGAAUCAAUUUUGCUGUGCUCAAUGGCAUUGGGUUUUCAAGAAGAAGAAGAAGAAGGAGACUGUUUUAGAACAAGAAACCACAAACUCAUUAAAAGGAUUAAUUUUUCUGUCAAUGAUAGAGUUGAGGCAUUCAGUGAGGAAGAAGGGUUUCAGGGUUCAUGGCACCCAGGUACUGUUAUGUCAAUUGACAGGAAAGGAUGUCAACUCAUAUAUCAUGUCAGAUACGAUCAUAUACUAGUUGAUGAUGGCUCUGACAAUCUGGUCGGUUGUUAUCAUGUGUCCGAGCUUCUGGAUGAUAAUGAUUGUGCUACUGGUAACCUGUGUGAUACUCGUGGACACAUUAGGCCAUUACCACCUCGUGUUCAGUCUGGUAUAUGGAACCUUUGUUAUGGAAGAUGUGUUGAUGUCUAUUACAAUGAAUGUUGGUGGGAAGGUGUAGUUUUUGAUCAUGAAGAUGGCUCAGAGAAGAGGAAUAUAUUUUUCCCAGAUUUGGGUGAUGAAAUGAUGGUUCAUAUUGAUAAAAUUAGGAUUACUCAGGACUGGAAUGAUGUCACUGGUACUUGGCAGAAUCGUGGGACCUGGUUGUUUCUGGAGUUGAUUGAGGAAUAUGAGCAAGAACAUUAUGUUCCUGUUUCCAUAAAGCAACUUUGGUAUGAUUUGCGAGAGAAAGAUUAUUUUAAGAAACUUGGCAAGUGGACUUCUUAUGAGAAAGAUUUGUGGAAAAGUUUGGUAUUGGAGACAAUUGAUGAUAAUAUGGAAGUUGUUAUUCAUCAUCUUUUACAGGUAAUAGGCCUACCAGAGGAUGCAAGGGAGCAGGUGGAGACUCCUGUAUCAUUUUAUGAUGCUAAUAAAUAUAUUGAAUCAGAUUUGGCUGAAAAUUAUGCUAUGAUACUAGCUGAAACCACGCCAAGUAGCAGUAUCAUUAAUUCCAACAUUCCUAAUAAUUGUUCCAUUGAAGAAAGAUCUAUUGUGCACCAAUUAGAAUCUCUCUCACGAAAUAGAAGUAAAACCAGAGAUUUGAUCAAAUUACAAAAUAAUAGAAAAGAUUCUUGGCCUAAUCGUGUUCUUCGAUCAAGCGAAAGAGUGCAGCAGGUUGUGGUUCCUAAUCCUUCACAUCGAAAGCCUAUAACAGUCUUGUCUUGGUUGAUAGACAGCACUCAUGUGCUGCCUAGGGCGAAAAUAAAAUACUGUUGCAGUAAGGGUCAGCAUUCAAUUGCAGAAGGGCGUAUAAGUGGCAGCGGGAUCAAGUGCAAUUGUUGCGGGAAGGUGUAUACUCUUUGUGGCUUUGAUUAUCAUGCUAGUGGCAAACAAGGAAGAACAGCUACCAGCAUCUUUUCCAACAUUUUUCUGGAAGAUGGAAGGUCUCUCUUAGAUUGCCAGAUGCAAAUAAUGCAUGAUCAUACAAAGAAUUUGGGGGAAGAGCCACUUGAAAGGUGGCAGAGUAGUAAGGAUCAAGUUGAGAAUGAUCAUAUAUGUUCUGUUUGUCACUAUGGUGGUGAACUAAUUUUAUGCGAUCAAUGUCCAUCCUCUUUCCAUAAAAGUUGCCUUGGUCUGAUGGAUGUUCCAGAUGGAGAUUGGUUCUGUUCAUCAUGUUGUUGUAAGAUUUGUGGCCAAUGCCUGAAAAGAGACUCUGACCUUUCCAUGGAGGACGAUGGUGUUCUUGAUUGUACACAAUGCGAGCGUAAAUAUCAUGUAGUAUGCCUAGGGAAUAAAAGAGAGGAGUGCUUGGAAUAUUUUCCCAAAGAACAUUGGUUUUGCAGCAAAAGAUGUCAACAGAUUUUCUUGGGCCUGCAUGAGCUUCUAGGAAAGAAAAUUCCAGUGGGUUUACACAAUCUUACUUGGACAUUGUUGAAAUCCAUCCAAUUCAAUGAUCAGUGUGAAGCUUCUGAUAUUGAGGCCCUGUCUGAGAACUACAGCAUGCUCAAUAUUGCACUUGAUAUGAUGCAUGAGUUUUUUGAUCCUGUUGAAGAACCUCACACUAAGAGAGAUCUUCUUAAAGAUGUUAUUUUCAGCAAAAGGUCAGAGCUCAACCGUCUAAAUUUUCAUGGAUUCUAUACAGUACUUCUGCAGAAAGAUGAUGAGUUUAUUUCAGUGGCUACUGUAAGGGUCUAUGGAGAGAAGGUGGCAGAAAUACCACUUGUUGGCACUAGAUUUCAGUACCGCCGACUUGGAAUGUGUUGCAUACUAAUGAAUGUGCUGGAAAAGAAGCUCAGAGAAUUAGGAGUCCAGAGACUCAUUUUACCUGCUGUUCCUAGUGCGUUAAACACAUGGAUUGGUUCAUUUGGGUUUUCAAAACUGACAGAGUUGGACAGAUUGCAGUUGCUAGAUUACACUUUCUUGGAUUUCCAGGAUACCAUAAUGUGUCACAAACUAUUAACGAAGAUCCCCUCUGUACAAUCAAGUCCAUCAAGAGAAAUCCAGCCCAGACUAGAUAAUGAUGCUAGUGGAAAUGGUAAUAUCGUUGAUGGAUCCAGUGCUGUGUCUGAAGUAUUUCAAGCAUAUCAAAUUGGGGGUUUUGAGGAAUACGGGAAAUUAGAGAAUUUUGCAAUAUGUAGCAGUAAUGUUAGAGAAGGGCCUAUCAAUCCAGGAUUAAUGGUUAACCCAGAAACUGAAAUGCAAUGUGAGCCUCAGGCUGGGGAAAUCAAUCUGGAGUCCUCUGUUGAGGAUCCCUCUCUCAAGAAGGAAAAAGGGGAGAAUGAUAAUAAUUCAAACGCUGCAAACAUGGAAAUCAGAUAUGACAGUAGUGAAGAAUUAAAGUGCUACAGACGAAGAAAGAAAUCAGCUUGAGGGAGCUGAGUUAUGGUUUUGCUUACAUCAACUAAAGAACUGAAUAGCCAAGUCUUGUCAGUGUCUUGGCGAGAUAAAGAAAGGCAGUUCCAGCACCUCGAAUCUUGCUUUCAGGCGUGAUAAAAUUCUUUAAUACAGAAUAUCAAAAUGAUCUUGAAGAUCAAUCUUUUGUUAGGGCAUAUAUAUACAUGCACGUGGAUGAGAGCUCAUUUUGGAUUUUGUUUGUUUUUUUUGUUUUUUGUUUGUUUGUUUGUUUUUCAUUUUAUUUUACUUUUUAAUUCAGAAAGCUCAAAUUAGGAAUGCAAAGAAACACCUAAUUCCUGAAAUUCGUGUACAACCGAUCCGAGUAUUGAAGAAUUCCACUACUGCUACACCAUAUAAAUAUGAUGAUAUACCAGUUCUUUUUAUCACUUCACCCCCUUUAUGACCGAGACAUGACGGAAGAGUAGAGGAUCAAAUCUUGAUCAUAUGGCAUGCAUAUAAAAUGUUCUCGCCAAAGCCACCACCCCGAGUGGCUUUUGUUUUUUUUCUUCUUUGAUAGCAUAGAAUUUUUAACUAAAAUGUUCUUUUUCUUGUAAUUUUAAGGGGUUUUCUCUUAAAUGUCCCUCUGAUGCAACUGAAACUGUAUUUGUCUCGUAAGUUAGGAUUAUAUCUGUUUGGCAAGUUUGCUAUAACAAUAAGACUAACUCAUGGUCCUGCUUAUUCUUUACAGAAAUUACAGAGAAUACGCUUUCUUUCUUUUCUUUUUCGAAA